UGCUGAUUGUAAGGCCAUAAAUUUGCCUCCAAAUUCCCAAAAUCAUAAAACGGGUCCUCCAAUUCCUCUUUCGCUCUUUUCCAAUUUCCCUUUCUAUUCUCUCCUAUAUUUCACUUCUCGCAUGUGUUUAUUAUUAUUAUUCAUUACUUCAUUCAAUAUUUUCCACCACACUUUCCCUCUAUGACUCAAUAUUGCACUUCCAUUCCCCAGCAUCCCAAGCUUUCAAGGUUGUGUCAACCAUAAUUCCUAAAAUACCCUUCAGUAUUCAUAAUAUAAUUCUGCAGAAGCUUAACAUAAUUGCUAUACCUUUUACCUUUUGACUUCAAUUGAAUUGAUGCUUCUUCAAUGAUUCUAGAUGUUUCUAGAUGAUUCUUCGGCCACCUUCUUCUGCGAGCUUCUUCCAGUUCUUGCAGGCUUCUUGUCCCUGCAGCAAUGAAGCUGAUUCCAAAGCUUUUCUUCUUCCAUUCCCCUUCUCAUCCAGAAAGCGCAGAAAACGCUUCCUCGCCAAUUUCGGUCACCGGAAGUUCCGAAGGCGAUGGACUCUUCGCCUUUGCGCCAUCCCUCCCGAAGCUUCUAACCGCAAUUGGAAUCCGGAACUUGUCAACUCCGCCGCAAGAGGCGCCAAAGGUUAUGUGUUGAAGCGAGUUUCGAGCGAAUUGGAGCAAGGGAACGAGUUCAACCACCACCAAGGGUCGCAACAAUCGCAGCAGCAUGUUCAGUUGGGUUCCAACUUCACGAAUUUCCAGGAGGAUCCUCUUGUUGAUAAGCUCAGAACGCAAUUAGGAGUAAUUCACCCGAUUCCGUCGCCGCCAAUUAACCGCAACGUUGCUGGUUUGUUCGUGUUCUUCUUCUUUGUAGGUGUUGUGUUUGACAAAUUGUGGACUUCAAGAAGGAGGAACAAUAAGGUUAACAGUGUGGAUAGCUUGCGUGGCGUGUGGCCUCAGGUGCCCACCAGCUUCUCCUUGUUUCUGGAGAAGGACCUUCAGAGGAAAGAGUCGGUGGAAUGGGUGAACAUGGUGUUGGGGAAGUUGUGGAAGGUGUAUAGAGGUGGGAUAGAGAACUGGAUUAUUGGAUUGCUUCAGCCUGUAAUUGAUAACUUGAAGAAGCCUGAUUAUGUGGAGAGGGUUGAGAUUAAGCAAUUCUCGUUGGGGGAUGAGCCAUUGUCGGUUAGGAAUGUUGAACGGAGGACUUCUCGUCGGGUGAAUGAUCUGCAGUACCAGAUUGGUCUUAGGUAUACUGGUGGAGCUCGCAUGCUAUUAAUGCUUUCUCUAAAGUUUGGCAUUAUUCCAAUUGUUGUGCCUGUUGGUGUUAGAGAUUUUGAUAUUGAUGGUGAGCUUUGGGUGAAAUUGCGACUAAUACCAACAGAACCUUGGGUAGGAGCUGUUCAGUGGGCUUUUGUUUCACUUCCAAAAAUCAAGUUCGAAUUGUCUCCAUUCCGUUUGUUCAACUUGAUGGCAAUUCCAGUUCUCUCAAUGUUUUUGACUAAACUUCUCACGGUAGAUUUACCUAGACUAUUUGUACGCCCAAAGAAAAUUGUUUUGGAUUUCCAGAAGGGAAAAGCUGUUGGUCCUGUUGCUGUUAAUACUAAAUCUGGAGAAGUACAAGAAGGAAACAAGGAUUCUGUUGGAGAACUUUCAGUUACUCUUGUGGAUGCCCGAAAGCUUUCUUAUAUCUUCUAUGGCAAGACAGAUCCUUAUGUUGUUCUUAACCUUGGAGAUCAAGUCAUACGAAGCAAGAAGAACAGUCAAACAACUGUAUUUGGGCCCCCUGGAAUGCCAAUUUGGAAUCAGGAUUUUCAUAUGCUUGUCAACAAUCCUAAAAAGCAGAAGUUAAGCAUCCAAGUAAAGGACUCACUAGGGUUUGCAGAUUUGACUAUUGGUACAGGAGAAGUUGAUUUGAGCUCUCUGAAAGACACUGUUCCUACGGAUAGAAUUGUUACUUUACAAGGAGGUUGGGGAUUUUUGGGAAAGGGUUCUUCCGGGGAGAUAUUACUACGGUUGACAUAUAAAGCAUAUGUGGAGGAUGAGGAAGAUGACAAGGCUGAGAUGGAUGCUACUGAUAUGUAUGCAUCAGAUGAUGAAUUGUCUGAUUUAGAUGAUGGCAUUGUCACUGAUGCGAUGAAUGAAAUAGAUUCUAUGUAUGACACAGACAAAGAGUCAUUUAUGGAUGUUUUGGCUGCACUAAUUGUAAGUGAAGAAUUCCAAGGGAUUGUAGCAUCUGAAACAGGAUUUACCAAAGUUUCGGACAAUGUUACAAAGAUAGGUUCGAAAGCACCAAUUUCGUCAUCACCAUCACCAUCACCAUCACCAUCACCAUCGCCUGUUGCUGGUUCUGAAUCAAAUCCUUCUACCUCUGAUCGUUCUGAAGGCUUUGGAGGUUCAGCCUUGUUCUGGCUUUCUGUGAUUACUGGCAUAGCAUUACUAAUUGCUAUCAGUAUGGAGGGUUCAAGUUUGUUCAAUCCUUAAAGAUAGUGUUGUGCUGCUUGCAAGCUAGAACUCAAGUGGGGCAGUAGGAUAUGAUCAGUUGAUCACUUCAAAUCAGAUUAGUUUGG